UCCCGCAGGAAGACACUACAUCUCCCAGCAGGCAGCGAGGGUCCGCGCGCAUGCAUGCUCCUCCCCUCUUCAUCCCCCUCCCUUCCCCAGAAGCUUGCGGUGAGGAGGUUUUUUUCCACAGGCGAAGCUGAGGGUCGGCUCGGAACUUUGAGUGGGGUAGAAAGAUGUCUCGCCAGGCGAACCGAGAAUUCAGAGCUAUUCACGUUGACUUAUGGAGCUCUAGUUACACAACUGUGUAAAGAUUAUGAAAAUGAUGAAGAUGUCAAUAAGCAGUUGGAUAAAAUGGGGUAUAACAUUGGAGUCAGACUGAUAGAAGAUUUUUUAGCUCGUUCUAAUGUUGGACGAUGUCAUGAUUUUCGUGAAACUGCAGAUGUUAUUGCCAAGGUUGCUUUUAAAAUGUACCUGGGUAUAACUCCCAGUGUGACCAACUGGAGUCCAGCAGGGGAUGAAUUUUCAUUAAUUCUGGAAAAUAAUCCACUUGUUGACUUUGUGGAAUUGCCUGAUAAUCAUUCCGGUUUGAUCUACUCUAAUCUUCUCUGCGGAGUUCUGAGAGGUGCAUUGGAAAUGGUUCAAAUGGCAAUUGAUGUGAAAUUUGUCCAGGACACACUCAAGGGUGACAAUGUAACAGAAAUCAGACUGAAAUUCAUUAAAAGAAUUGAAGAAAAUCUUCCAGCUGGAGAAGAAUAACAUGUCAAAGCAUUGUAUGAUCCUGGACAGUAAGAAGAUAUUCUGUCAUCACUGUAGAUUGUUGCGUGUGAGUUUAUAUUAUUGGCAAAAGUUUGACAUUAAGACCAUGACUGGAAAACCAUUUAUUAGCCAUGGAUUUAACCUGGAGAGACUCCAAAAGUGAAUACAGCUGUGAAUUCCUGUGUUCAUGCUCUGCCACCUUCUUCCAGAUCAUAUCAAAUAUUGGUGUUUUUCAUUAUUGUUCUAUAAUCCGUAUAUCUGUAGAUUAUAAAUCUCUGGGGUCUUCAAAAAAUUGUCAUCUUUACCUCUUCUUUUGACACAAAGCCUAUAUGUUACUUCUUAAGAAUGCAAUGUUAAUGUUUACAAGGUCACCACUGCUCUGUUCUUCCCCAACCUGUACUCUAUUGUGGUCAAAGCAUUUUGUUCAGAAUGAUUGAAGAACUGUCUCAUUAACAUGCACCAUUGUUUCUGGCUGAUGACAUCAUGGAUUUGUGGAAUUUUGUGUUGGUAGUAAUGUGGAGCUGCAUGGGGUUUGAAGGAAAACUGCUUUAAAAUGAUAAACAAUGGUAAAUGUUGGAACAACAUUCAGAUGCUGACUGAUCUGCUAAAGAGGUAAGACCCUUAACACGUGUUUUGGGUGAAGCUUGGUGGUGCUUUGUCUUUCAGUGUUUUAAUUAUUUAUUGCAUUUGCAUUUUUUCUUCUUUAACACAAUGUUUGUGCUUAAUGAGGGUGCUAUUCAUUCUGCAUCAUGUUGAUCCGAUUCUACUUAUACAUUGCUUCACUAGGAAUUUAAUUUGGUAUGGACUUUACUCCAGCACGAAGCUAUUCCUUCAAGUCUUUGUGGUUGUACACUCCAGAGAUGAUCCAGCUAAAAUAGAAACAAAGUUCUGAAUUUCUUCCAUAAUAAAGUUCCAAAGUAAGAACAAUGGAAAUUCCACCACACAUACUACUGUUAACAGACAAUAUAGCUGCCUGAAAAAUGAUUCUAAUAAGUUGGUUUCAUCUUGUUUGAGGUGUGACAAUGGCAAAAAGGUGUACUUUUUUGUAAAGCUGCAGCACUGAAAGCAUUUUUGUGAAUUCAUCCAAUUGAUACAACUUAGUGGCUCCAUUCAACUUGUCAGGGCAAAUGCUGCAGCCCAUAAAGUUUAAUUGUUUUGUGCUUGCCAUUGUCAAUGUUCUAGUAUAUACAGGAAAUUUUUCAACAGAAAACUAAGUAUGCUUUGGGCAUUCAGAUUUUAACAUCUCACCUAUCUAGAAUCUCAGAUUUGUUUGUAUUUUAUAUCAUUAGAGUCCCAAAAAAUGAUGCAAUAAGAUGCUGAGGCUUUAUUUAGUCCAAUGAUAACUUAUUUGUAUCAAUUUUGUUAUUUAAAAUGUUUUUGGUUUGGUACCUGAUGUAACUUUCAGGCCAAAUUUGAACAUGGUACUGAUUCUAAUAUAUGUUGUUUCUAACUCUGAAUUCCAUUAUCUGACAUUUAAUCUUUUCAUGAUUUGGAAAAUAUGCAUGUUCGCUUAUCUGUGAGCAAUGGUAAGUCUGAUAAUGGUAAUGAAGGAUGAAUGGAAAACUAGGUAACAUUUUUAAAAAGACACCCCUUCAAGCUUUUCAAGAGAAGAUGUAACUCAAAUUUGUUUCCAGUUCCAAGGAAAAGAUUUAGGUGCCCCAUAUCGUUUUUUUUUCAAUAGCAAUUGGCUAUCUAAUUUUUACCUAAAGGGAGAAGAACAAAAACUAAUUGAAAUGAUUUCUUUCAGCACAAUAUACAAAUGUGCUGCUUUCACUUAAUGUUAUGCUGCCUUGCUGCUAAGAAGUUUCCAGAUUUGUGGACGAAAUGAGGGACAGACCUGGUAACAAACUGAAAUAAGCGGGUGUUUCAGCUUAUAUGCAGCUUGGAGAAUUUUCUAAAUGCUUAUGCACUUGCAAAGUUUAUUCAAACUGUAUCUCAAAAUUUACUGUGAUUACCAUUUUCCAUCUGAACACUGAUAUUGAGCACUAAAUUUGGUUAGCAGCCUGCUUUUAUGUAUUUUUGUCUGUUUAUUUUAGGUUCUGUUUGUUCUAAAGUUACUUAGAAGUUAGGCCAGUUUGCCUUUGAGAUAUAAAAAGAAAACUGGUGACUAUAAUUCUGCAUAUGUAGAGAUUUGAAUUCCACUCCUGCCCUAACCCAUCGUGACCUAAUUCCAAAACAGAACCCUAAGUCAAAUCAAAAGUAGUAAAUGGGUAGCAUUGCAUUAUACAGGAGAUGUAACAUUUAAAAUGUGAAUUUCAUAGCUAAUAAAUAAAGCUGUAUUGUUUAUAAUAUUUAAUGUAUAGACUUUAUUGAAAACUGUAUUUCAAACUCAUUUAAAACAACCUAAUAAUAUAUAACAUGAAGCAGGAAGAAGAUUGUUUUUAUUCUUUUACUGGAAUUGGGUGUUGCUAGCUUGGCCAGCAUGUGUUACCCAUCCCAAAAUGCCCUUGAGAACGUGAUGAGCUGCUGGAUUGGACGUUGCCAUCUGUAGUGUUUGUAACGAGGUCAGCCAUUGGAUUUAUCAUAUGAGUUCCCUGACUAGGGGCUGUUUUUUCUGGUCUAAUCAGGGAGCCCUGGCUGACAGGUAUGAACAGGAGUGUUAGAAUUUCCGUUCGCUGAGAGAGCUGCGUCUGAGGAAGCUGGACCCGGGUCAAGUACUAUGCACAUGUAAAUAAAAAGGGACUUAGUGACGGGAUACUGACCUCUGGAGUUAUUUCACUGUCCAUGGGGUGUAAGUACACCAUAGUACUAUUAGGAUGGCAGUUUCAGGAUUUUGACCCAACAAGAGUGAGAAAAAAGCAAUAUAAUUCAAAUCAGGAUCGUGUAAGACUUGGAAGAGAACAGGUUGCUUCCUUGUCCUCCUAGGUGGUAAAUGUUUAAAGUUUGGAUGGUGCUAUUGAAGGAACCCUGGUGAGUUCUUGAGGUGCUUCUUGGAGAUUAUUCCCACUGCACAAUGUGCACCAAGCUGGUGGAGAGAGUGGAUGGGGUGCCAGUCAGUGUGACAGAUGGGCCAUAAAUCUAAUUCCUUUUUAAUGAAAAAAUUCACAGAUGUUGAUAAAACAAAUUAAAUUAUAUUGAAAUAUACAAAAAAAAGGCAUGAGUCAAGAUUUUUGUCAUCAAAAUAAGCACUUUUCAAUUUAAGUCUUUGAAGGAUAUUUUUUGUCACUGAGAUUUAAAACUAUAAAGUUAGACAUGGGAGAAAAGCUUCAUUUGCCAACCCCCUUUUUAUAGGUUAUAUACCAAUUGCUUUGCACUUCAUUUCAUCUUCUAACGGGCAAGAACAUGAGUACUUUUAUAAGAUGAGGGUGAAAUUUUAAUAAAAUGUGUAUGUUAUUAGAUGUAAUUGGCCAAGUUGAUGGGGAACUGCAAUCAAUAAAUUAAUUGAUAAGCCACCUGAGCAAAUGAACAAAUAAAAGAGUAUUGUUAAGAGUGUACAGGCCUGUGGUCAAAUUAUAGUCAUGUCUUGUAAUUGUAUACACAGGACUAUUCAUGCUGUUGAAGUGAUAUCUUUAAUUCUUCAAUAACUAAAUAAUAGUUCACUUUGUGUGGUUGGUUCCAAAUUAAUAGUUUAUUCUUCAUGUACUGACCCAGAAACUAAGCUGUUCAAUGCAAAUACAAACCUCUUGUGUGAAUUGUUCAACUCUAUAUUUUUGACAGCUCAUUUUGAAUUAAACUAAUGACUAAAUUAA